AUUGUUUGUAUAGUAAAUGUCCAGCACGACUGUGUCAAAUCACAGUGCACAAACACCAGUCAGUGUUGCAUUCGUCAAGAGCAAACAGAGACUGCACAUACGAAGUCCAUCAUUCAGCACAAAUCCUCACCGUUUUACUUGCUCAAUGCUUAUUUGAUUCACAACUAUGCUCAAAUACGAUCUGUCAUUCCUCUGUCACUUUGC